AUGGCCAAGAACGCUCCAAAGAAGCGUUCGAGGAACGAUGAGCCCGGCAGAGAUGAUCCACCAGUGACGGAAGAGUGCAAUUCCUAUAAGCGCAGAAGGAUAGCUUUGGCAUGCACCUCCUGUCGAAAUCGCAAAUCACGCUGUAAUGGCGCGAAGCCCAUCUGUGGCAUGUGUGUACAGCUCGGCUUCGAAUGCAUCUACGAGCAGCCGACUAAUUCGCAACCGCAGUCAUCAACCAGGUCUACCGACACUCACGAAGAUCGACUGAGAUCGGUCGAAGCUAUUUUGAGCAUGCUUGUCAAUCAACAAAAUUUGCCCCAAAGCAGUUCUUCGGACGUGAUAGCUAUGAUGCAAUACCCUGCACCAGAAGCUCUGUCCGUCCGACCUGUUUCGGAAGUCGCAGUCAUUGAAGAUGACGAGGUGUGUCUGCUCGAGGCCAGCGAAGACACAAUGGAUGGGAUGGCUACCAUUGGAGAGUACAGUAUGAAAGACGCUAGAUUUUUCGGCAAGUCUCACACUACUUCUUGCUCUUUGCUAAUUUAA